AUGAUAAUUAGAUCUGCAACUACUUAUAUGAUGCUUCAUGCAAGGACUCCUAAAUAUACAUUUGUAAGAGAAUAAAUCAGAAAGUAUAUUACAUGUAAUCUAUUUAAUAUGUCUUAAAGAUGAACCAAAAGAAUAUUUUCAAUAUCCAUUAAACUGGAAAACAUUUGCAGAUGAACUUAAAGAGAAUACAUAAUCAAGCCAAACUUUAAAAAAAAAAAUAAAGAUUGGUUUUCAUAUAUUUACAAAGUAUUUCAGAUAUUUUUUAUACUUUUUGUUUAAACUGCUUUAUUUCUUAUUAGAUAAUUACAAGAGAUUUAUCAUCUUGGGAAUAAUUUUCUAUUACAUAUGA